UCAGCACCAUUUUAGUUGUGGUACUUUUAAAUUGCUACAGAAUUGCUUUAUUUAUGGUUAUGCUUUUCCCCAAGCAGUGUUCAUGAAACCAUUGUUUCAUACUCGAAUUGUAUCAUUUUUUGUCCAAAAUUUCUGCUGCUUUCCGGGAGUUUUUUGUAUUUUUCCGUAUUUUAAUGCCGACUUAAGUCUUUUUGAUGUGACGCUUGACAUUUCUUAUAUCGAUUCUUGGUGGUUAUUCGUACAACUUUUCCUUGCGAGAUGCAUGUAGUACAGUUGCUUUAAAAGCUAAGAGGAGCUGAAUUUUAUUUGAAACAAAUUAGAAAAUUCCUGUUAAAAAAGGGAAAGUAAGUGGAAAGAUGGCAGUUGGUAGAAUUGGUGGUGAUGAAUGGGACCAGAUUCCGGAUGACGAGUUGGAAGAAACGAUUGGUGAAAGACUUUGGGGCCUUCGUGAGAUGUUUCCGGAUGUGUUCAGAUGUAAGUUAGAAUCGUCUGUUGAUUGGUCGAUGUGGGCUGCGAAAAAUGCGUUUUCAUUCGUGAAAUCUGCACUCUGGAUUGUUUCAUCAUCGAUGAUGAUUUUAGUUUUACCAUAUGUAAUCGAAAAAGAAAGGUCCGAAUACGAAAAAAGUCAAGUAGCUCAGCAGAGGCAAAUGUUGCUCGGCCCAACUGCUGCUGUAAGUGCAGCAAAGCAAUAGUGUUUUUUAUAGUUUUAUAUUAAGUCUUAACGGUUUACUUUUUAGCUUGUUUUUUAUCGUUCUUUUACUUUGCACCGGUUUUCUGAAAUGUUAGUCAUCCUCGAGAUUUGGUUCUGCAAAAAGUUUUCGUUUUUUUUGGGAAAAAAGUUUGUUUUUGAAUUUUUUUUCUUGUUUGCGAAUUUUUUUGUUUGUGGUAUCAGGGAAAAUAGCUUUUAUAACUCAUGAAAUUUUCCUUAACUGAAAACUAAGAAAUAGCGGGUCGCGUUUUGUUGCAUUCCAGUCAUCUCCACAAUAGGUUAAUGCUUAAUGAACCUGUGACGAGAAUAAAUUUUCACAUAUUGGUGAUGUGUUGGCCAUUGUUACAUUAUUUUAUUCGAAUUAAAAUAUCGUUAUGUCAGAAGUUUUCGAAUGUGUUUAGCUAGAAUAGUGGUGCAUGAGAAUAAGGUUUAAUUCAAUUAAUUACUAUUUAUAAAACGUGAUUUUGUGCAUUAUUUUGUUAAAAUAAAAUUUUCAAACGCCAA